AUGUUUUCCGAAGCUACGAAAAAUUACUUUGGUACACCUUCUGAACUCCCUCCACAGUUCCGUGCCUGUUUAGAAGCAGCCUCAGGCGCCUCAGCCACUGGACUUGCCAAUGUCGGAACUUCAAGUGCGGGAUCUUUUCUGAACAACGUCGUCGUAGAUGCAAAGGCCACGACUGGCGAUGGUCCUCACGCUCGCGCUGGCAAAGAGCGUGCAAGUAGUCGCGUGCAUACAUAUCAUGACCUUGGCGUGGUGUUUCAGAUGGCGGACCAAACCGAGACGGCGGAUCCGACAAGGUCUCCGGGUGUUCUUGAUCCUGGAGGUAACGUGCCCGAAGGCCUACUACUAGCGACGCAGCUGCACAAGGGAGCUCACAGCGAAAACUCGCAACUUGCUGCUUCAUCGCGCAGCACCGGAUUGCGUGUAGUGAUUCCGAAAGAAGUCGGCACGAGGACGCCAGAGAGGGUCAGCACACCCCCUCCUACGCCCGCGUUUGUUGACUGGGCGGUCUCGAUGCGAGGCGGGCAGCGCCGACCUAUAGCGCAGGAGGAAGGAUUACAGACGUUGAGAACAACUCUUGUGCGAGAGUCGUGCCAAGAGGCUGCCGGACAAGAACAAAGUGCAGCGUGCUUGCGUCCGCAGGAAGAUUCUGGCGUAGAACAACUAGCACCGGAACAUCCUACUACAGUCGACACGCCCGAUAUAACCAUUGGUGGUCAGGGUGAUCAAGAAAUGACUGCUAUUCCUGCCAUGUGCCCGAACAAGGCAAAUUGGCUAGCGUGGAUUCGCCAAAACUCAUUUUCGGGUUCUGAAGCAGGCAGUGAUUGUGACACGACGCAUCCCGCAACGCCUAGCACUUUCAAAGGGUUUGCUGCCAAUAGCUCCGACCUGGUUCCCACGCUUGAACAACAGAAAGCAGCAACAGAAGAAGCCUCUAAACGUUUGCAGCGCUCUCUUUCGGUCCGAAGAGGUAGUCGAGACAGUGCAUCAGGUAUUUCUACGGCUGCAGCAUCGCAACAUGGAGAGGCUCAGCAUGUAUGCAAAGAACAACACGAGCAAGCUCCACAAGAUCAAGAUGGCUUGCCGCGAAGGGAUAGCGAUCAUGGACAACAACAUGGAUUCUCUAGUUUCACGCAUUCUCGCUCAACCUCACCGACGCCUACGGCGCGCGUCGUCUCCUAUGAUAAAUUCCAUGUGAGUGAAAACAAUCUGUUCGUGAAGAUCCAGAAUCAAACAAACUCCGGCAGUCAAGCAAUGGGCAGCACAGAUGUGAAUCGACGGGCGGCUAUGUCAUGCGGAUCUCGAACACCCACAGCACCUGUUGUGCCUCCUUCAUCAGCAGCGACGUAUUCGUAUGUGUGUGUUACUAUUAAUUCGCCGCCCUUCAUCGCAGCAUCUGGCUCACCGGGCCCGCGGACCGAUCCAAGUAUCAUAAAACGCGCAGAAGCAGGUCGAGUACUGAACAAUUCGCCAACUCCUCUAUCUGGGUCACCACAGUACGAAGCCCCUAGUACCCAUCACUUCAUGCAAACGCCCAACCCUUCGGUGCCUUGUCACACGGCUACGCGAACUGCGAUGAACCAAAACCUAGGGUCCCUGCAGCGGAACAGCCAGGGUUCGUCCAACAGCAUCAAUUCCCUAGCAGCUAGCGUACACAGGCAGUACACAGGCAGCGCACAUUCGUCGAGCGACAAAACUGAUACAGCCGUUUCUGGACUUGGAGGGUCCACGACUAUGGCGGAACGACCAUCCGGGUUUGUGAGCGUUCCUGGUAGGGUGCCUUUACGUCCCGGUAAGCAAAUAAUCAGCCUCGCUACCCUCGUUUAA